AUUUUGAUAUUCCAAGCUAAAAGAGAAUAUGGCAGACUAAACCCUAAUUCCAUUCUCCUCUAGUCUCAAACUCAAAUUAGCUCUCUCAAAGCGUCCUCCACCCUCGCAAACCCUCGUGUCAUCGCCGACUUUGCUGCCGUUCCCAUUGCUGUUGCUGCCAUUCCCGUUUCUGCCAUUUCCGUCGCCCUUGCUGCAGCCGUCGCUUGCUGCCGUCGUUGUCAGCCGCUGCUCCAGUCUUCUCAGUCGUUGCUGCCGUCUUCUCAGAGAAAGAGAGAUGGUUAUUCCACCACCAGUUAAGUGGCCACCUAGAGUUGCAGAUUUUCUGAAACCCUAUGUCCUGAAGAUGCACUUCACGAACAAGUUUGUUAGUGCCCAAGUUAUCCACUCACCGAGUGCUACAGUGGCAUGUUCAGCAAGCUCACAAGAGAAGGCUUUGAGGCCAAGCAUGGAAAAUACCCGGGAUGUAGCAGCUGCAGCCAAAAUUGGGAAAAUACUGGGAGAGCGGCUGCUGGUCAAGGGCAUACCUGCUAUUUCUGUUUUCCUGAAGAGAGAACAGAAAUAUCAUGGAAAGGUGAAAGCUGUGGUUGAUUCUGUAAGAGAAUCUGGUGUCAAACUACUUUAAACUGAGCUGGAGAAAAUAUCUAAUUUUUUUUUUGUUAAAACUAUAGUUUCAAAGAGUCCUGCUUAGUCCUGAAAGGGUUACUUGGGGGAGAUCAAUGAGACAAUGGAUAAUGGUUUAUCUUUGUUCUAGAUGCUAUUCUGUUGGGGUCACGUGUUAUAAACGUACUUUAUCAUUUCAAAGUAUGGGAUCACGAAAAAGACUAGUUUGGAGAACAA